CAGUUUUUCAGCUCGAAGUAAUUGGUCUUCAGAAAAAUGGCCGCACGGUAAACUGCAGACACUGUAGACGUGUGGCAGAAGUAGCUCCUUUGAUUGCGGAAACACAUGCACGGCAUGAGUGAGCUGCACGCCUCCUGCUUUCACAUGUGCUGCCUGUGCUACGGCCAUUGUAUGUAGGACAGUUCUGUACUACUUCCCUGUACAAGUGCGCCAUGGAUACGGCUGAGAAGUGGCAUGGAUUGCCCAGGCAGCCCAGCCUGAAAAAACUGACUGACCCCGAGUAUGGGAAGCCUGGGGCGCAGCAGCACCCUUCCCUGCAGGACAUCGCAAGAGCACACGUAGAGUCCUUCAACCAGGCCAUGACAGAGGGGCUGUACCAGGCAGUGCAGGCAAUGAGACCAGUGGAGUUUACAUUUAAAAGUGACCGGCUAUCCUUUGCUAUUGUGGCUGCAGCUAUCAGUUCUCCUAUGGUACCAAAGGGAAGCAUCUGCAAAGAGCCCAAGAUUUACCCAGCAGAGUGCAGAGGGCGAAGGUGUACCUACCGUGGAAAGUUGACUGUGGAUGUAAGCUGGUCUGUAAAUGGUGAGCAGAAAGGGGUCAUCAAACAGUCCCUUGGUUAUGUUCCAAUCAUGGUAAAAUCCAAGUUUUGCAAUUUGUAUGGUCUUUCACCAAAACAACUAAUUCAGCAUCAUGAGGAGGAACAGGAAAUGGGUGGCUAUUUCAUAAUAAAUGGAAUAGAGAAAGUCAUCAGAAUGCUAAUUAUGCCAAGGAGGAAUUUUCCUAUUGCCAUGAUUCGCCCUAAAUGGAAAAGUCGAGGUCCUGGUUAUACUGAAUACGGUAUCGCAGUGCGCUGCGUCAGAGAUGAACACACAGCCAUAAAUAUGAAUCUACAUUAUCUAGAAAAUGGCACUGUAAUGGUUAACUUCAUCUACCAGAAAGAGCUCUACUUCAUUCCUCUGGGCUUUGCACUGAAGGCAUUGGUUAGCUUCUCAGAUUAUCAGAUUUUCUCAGAGUUGAUCAAAGGUAAAGAGGACAAUUCCUUCUACAGAGACUGUGUCACGCAGAUGCUGAGGGCUGUAAUAGAGGAGGGAUGUAAGAGUCAAAAACAAGUUCUGAAAUACCUGGGAGAACGCUUCCGCGUCAAGUUUAGCCUCCCUGAGUGGUAUACAGAUGAGCAAGUGGCAGAGCACCUUAUAGCACAGUGCAUUUGCAUACACCUUAAAUCCAACACCGAUAAAUUUCACAUGCUUUGCUAUAUGACAAGGAAGCUUUUCACGUUUGCCAAAGAAGAGUGCAUGGAAGAGAAUCCUGAUAGCUUAAUGACUCAGGAGGUCCUAACACCAGGACAGCUCUUUCUGAUGUUCUUAAAGGAGAAGAUGGAGUCCUGGCUUGUGGCAACUAAAUUAACUUUAGAAAAGAAGGGCCAGAGGCCUAACCUUUUCUUGGACACAGAAGCCAUCAUGAAAAUACUCGGCAAUACCUCUGAUCUGACAAAGCCAUGUGAAUACCUGCUGGCUACCGGAAAUCUGCGCUCUAAAUCUGGUCUUGGUAUGCUUCAGAAUACAGGUCUGGCUGUUGUGGCAGACAAGCUCAAUUUUAUCCGCUACCUGUCUCACUUCCGCUGCGUGCACAGAGGUGCUGCAUUUGCCAAGAUGAGGACCACUACUGUCCGUCGUCUUCUUCCAGAGUCCUGGGGAUUUCUGUGCCCGGUACACACUCCUGACGGCGAGCCUUGUGGUCUUAUGAAUCACAUGACUGUGGUGUGUGAGAUCGUGACCCAGACAUCCUUCAAUGAUCACCUGCUAGGCCUGCUAUGCUCACUAGGUAUCACUUCGGUUGAUGGAUUUCCAGCAAAGCCCUUUGCGGAUUGUUACCAGGUUAUACUGGAUGGUGCUAUGGUGGGCUGGGUAGAGAAAGACUUUGCGCCUAAUCUUGUGAGCACGCUUCGAAACUUUAAGGUUACACAGGAAAAGAAGUUACCACCAUGGACAGAGAUUGUACUCAUUCCUAUGACUGGGAAAGCAAGUCUAUACCCUGGACUUUUUAUUUUUACUACCCCCUGCAGGAUGGUCCGUCCAGUCAGGAAUCUGGCUGUAGGCAAGGAGGAGCUGAUUGGUCCAUUAGAACAGGUCUUUUUGAAUGUGGCUAUAUAUGAGGCCGAGAUUGUGCCCGGAGUAACCACUCACCAGGAACUCUUUCCUCACAGCUUGAUGAGUGUUGUCGCUAAUUUCAUUCCUUUCUCUGACCACAACCAGAGCCCCAGGAACAUGUACCAGUGUCAGAUGGGUAAGCAAACAAUGGGUUUUCCGCUUCUAACAUACCAAGAUCGGUCGGAUAACAAACUUUACCGGCUCCAAACCCCACAAAGCCCCCUGGUGCGGCCUUCCAUGUAUGAUCAUUAUGACAUGGAUAACUAUCCCGUCGGCACAAAUGCAAUUGUAGCCGUCAUUUCGUACACAGGAUAUGAUAUGGAGGAUGCCAUGAUUUUAAACAAGGCUUCAUGGGAAAGAGGAUUUGCUCAUGGGAGCGUUUAUAAAACUGAUUUUAUCGAUCUUUUAGCAAAAGUUAAAACCGUAGAAGACAAUUUAGUGUUUGGUAUAAAACCUGAAGAUGAACGUGUGAAAGGCAAACUGGAUGAAGAUGGCCUUCCACCAGUGGGCGCUGUUCUACAGUUUGGAGAUCCCUACUAUGGCUAUCUUAAUCAAAGCACUGGAGAAAAUUUUGUUGUAUUUUACAAGAGUAAAGAGAACUGUGUUGUUGACAACAUUAAAGUGUGCAGCAAUGACCUGGGUAUUGGAAAGUUCAAAUCUGUGUGCAUCACUAUGAGGGUCCCCCGUAACCCUACCAUAGGGGAUAAAUUUGCCAGUCGGCAUGGACAGAAGGGUAUUCUAAGUCGGCUUUGGCCAGCAGAGGACAUGCCCUUCACAGAAAGCGGGAUGAUGCCAGACAUUCUAUUUAAUCCACACGGUUUUCCCUCCAGAAUGACCAUCGGAAUGCUGAUUGAGAGCAUGGCUGGCAAAUCUGCUGCCCUCCACGGCUUGUGCCAUGAUGCCACUCCCUUCACAUUUUCUGAGGAAAACUCUGCUUUGGAAUAUUUUGGUGAAAUGUUAAAGGCAGCUGGGUAUAACUUCUAUGGCACAGAGAAGUUGUACAGUGGCAUUAGUGGGCUUGAGCUGGAAGCAGACAUUUUCAUUGGAGUCGUCUACUACCAGCGCCUACGUCACAUGGUGUCUGACAAGUUCCAAGUCAGAACGACAGGUGCUCGGGACAGAGUGACCAACCAGCCUGUGGGUGGCAGGAACGUACAAGGAGGUAUACGUUUUGGCGAGAUGGAACGUGAUGCCCUGCUGGCACAUGGAACAUCCUUCCUGCUUCAUGACAGACUUUUUAACUGUUCUGAUAGGUCAGAGGCCCAUGUUUGUGUAGCCUGUGGCAGCCUCAUUUCUCCUCUGCUGGAAAAGCCUCCCCCAUACUGGUCUUCUAUGCGCAACAGGAAACACUAUUGCACAAUCUGCAACCGUACUGAUACAAUUGACACCGUGUCUGUGCCCUAUGUAUUUCGCUACUUUGUUGCUGAAUUAGCAGCUAUGAAUAUCAAUGUAAAACUGACUGUGCGCUAAUGGACAAAAAUAAUAAUAAAAUAAAAAAAUCUUAGUGCUUUGUCAAAAGUAGCCUUAUGGUUUAUGACAUAUGGUUAUGACUAGUGAUUGACACGUAUGGAUUUACAAGAACUUUUUAUGAUGUGGAUCUUUAUAUGCUCUAUAGCAUAAAACUGAAAUGUGUUGGUGGCAGCCAAUUCAUCAAUACCCUACAUGGCAAAAUUAUAGACAGAGCCAAUAUACUGUCAUAAUGCACUGACAACAUUUUUAGAACAUGGCCAUCUUUGUAUGCUACGUGACUAUUAUACCUAUAUGAUAGUAACAGAGGAUCCAUGUGAAGCUGUAUCGGUCAUCAUGGGCCGGAUGUAAUGGAGUGUGAGACGGCCGGAGCUCCGAGAUUCUGGACAAACUUGUACGUCUUUUUUUUUUUUAAAGCAGCAAACAUUUACAAGGCAAAACCAACCCAUAUGUUUCUAUCAGUAACACAUUUCUGUGUUUAACCGAAUACCUGAAUUAAAUUGAUGUCUCUAAUUACAGCUUUAUGUUUACUUCCAUAUGAGCAUCUGCAUCCCCACUGAUUUCACAGGUUUAGCAGAGAUCGAAGAGGAACUAUUGAUAAAAAAAAAAAUGAUCCACAAUAAAGGAGCAGUGUCCCAUAGCAACGACGCUUCCAUUCUUUUUAAAAAGAAAAUUUGUGGUUUAGAAAAUGCAAAGCGAUGUCUAGUUUUAUAUUGAUUACAUUUUCCCGGACAAGUU